AUGAUUGAAAUCCUCUACCCAAUUCUUUUCCUCUCUGAAAUCUACCUAUUUCUCACACAUGGUUUGGUUCUUACCAGAGUUUAUCAACCGUCCAAUGCCAAGUUAAAAGGAAUGGGAAAGUGGUUUCUCUAUGACGGAUUGAGUGGUUUCUCUAUUCUUUUUAUAUUGAGUGAUUUGAUGGGAAGCUUUUACUCUAUCAUUGUUGUACUCCAUUUAAUUGGUCAUUUGUUUUAUGUCAUCACUUGGACAGAUGGUUAUUAUGCAAAGAGAAUUCGUGAUUGGAGUUCUGUUGAAUAUCGUAAAGAAAAACACGUAACUAUUGAUUUCUUCCUCACUAUCUUUGACAUGACAGUUCACAUGAUGAAUGGUUACUACUUGUAUCAAAGAAUGAUCAGUAAGGAGUAUGCCUUAUUGUAA